GCAGCUCUCGCGCGCUCAUCCAAACUUCACUUUGGAGAAUGCGCUUCUCUCAUACUCUCCUCUUGGGCCCCAUCACCCGAUCGUCACCGUCCAUCCCGUGCACAUCAUUCCCGCCAUUCCAAUUAGACCACGCGGCAUCCUACGUCCACGACCUCAUCCUACGGUCCCGAUCGCUCCCCGAAGCGAAGCAGGCCCACGCCCAGGCCGCCGUCCGCGGCCUCCUCCGCUGCCAUCUCCCCUCCGCCGCCGCCCUCCUACUCGCUUACUCCACCUACCGCGACCUUCCCUCCUCCCGCCGCCUCUUCGAAGAGAGCCCCCUCCGCCAAGGUGCCGCCUUCUUAUGGAACGCUCUUUCCCGCGCCCUCUCCACCGCCGGCCUCCCCACCCACGCCCUUGCCGUCUACAACCGCAUGCUCCGCCACGGCGUUCGCCCCGACGACCGCACCUUCCCCUUCGCUCUCACUGCCGCCGCCGCCGCCGCCGCCGCCCGGAAGGGAAGGGAGCUCCAUGGCUCCGUCGUGAAACUAGGUUUCGAGGCCGACCUCUUCGUCGGUAAUUGUCUCUUGUCGUUUUAUGGCGCCUUCAUGUCCUUAUGCAACGCUCAACAGAUGUUCGAUGAAAUGCACCACCGAGAUAUCGUCUCCUGGAACUCCAUCAUUUCGUUGUCUUCCGCUAACGGAUUAAUCUCAGAUGCGAUGUAUUGGUUCCUGGAGUUAAAAAGGUCGGGCCUUGGGGUGAAUGCAGUCACUUUAGUUAGUGUUCUGCCGGCUUGUGCUGCGGCGCAAGAUGAGAUUUUUGGGAAGGGAAUUCAUGGGCAUGCGAUAAAGGUUGGUUUGGAUUCAGUAGUUACUGUAGGUAAUGCGUUUGUUGAUAUGUAUGGCAAGUGUGGGGACUCAAAGUAUUCAAUGCGAGCUUUUCAUAUCAUGCCAGAGAAAAAUAAUGUUUCUUGGAACUCUGUCAUCGGUAGUCUUGUUCAUGUUGGUCGUUUUGGAGAUGCGUUGUGGAUGUUCAGGGAGAUGGUAGCCAAUAAGGUGAAACCAAACUCUGUCACUAUAGCCAGUCUAUUACCUGCAUUGGUUGAGUUGGGCUCUUUCCAAUCGGGGAGAGAGGUUCAUGGGUAUAGUUUAAGGACUGGUAUGGAUUCUGAUGUCUUUGUAGCUAAUUCCUUGGUGGAUAUGUAUGCAAAAUCUGGAUGUUUGAAGAAAGGGUCGGACAUUUUCUGCAGAAUGGACAGGAAUGUGGUUUCAUGGAAUGCAAUGAUUGCUAAUCUUGCACAAAAUGGAGCUGAAUUAGAAGCCGUUGCUCUAGUUAGAGAAAUGCAGGUUGGUGGGGAAUGUCCGAAUUCUAUUACAUUUACUAAUGUUCUUCCAGCAUGUGCUAGAAUGGCUUCUCUGAGGAAAGGGAAGGAGAUCCAUGCUAGGUCGAUCCGUUUUGGCUUGUCGUCUGACUUGUUUUUGUUAAAUGCUUUGAUUGAUAUGUAUGCCAAAUGUGGAAGAUUGAAGCUUGCUAGAAAUGUUUUUGAUGUGUCAGAGAGAGAUGAAGUGUCUUACAAUACCUUAAUAGUGGGUUAUUCUCAGAGUUCUUGGUGCUCAGAAGCUGUGCAGCUAUUUUUGGAAAUGAGAUUUGCAGGUUUUGAGUAUGAUGUUGUCUCCUUAAUGGGUGUCCUUUCAGCGUGUGGUAAUCUAUCUGCACUCAAGCGGGGAAAGGAGGUCCACUGCUUGACAGUGAGGAAACUGUUCUACAACCAUCUCUUUGUGGCAAACUCACUGUUGUAUUUGUACAUCAAAUGUGGAAGGAUCAAUCUUGCAAGGAAGAUUUUUGAUAGGAUGUUAAAUAGGGAUGUUGCUUCAUGGAAUUCCAUGAUUUUGGGAUAUGGAAUGCAAGGUGAAUUGGAGAUAGCAAUCAAAUUGUUUGACUUGAUGAAGGAUGAAGGCAUGGAGUAUGACCAUGUUUCUUACAUUGCGGUCUUAUCAGCUUGCAGCCAUGCUGGACUGGUCGAGAGAGGAAAGAAGUAUUUUGAUCAAAUGAUGCCACAAAAUAUUAGUGUAACACAUAUGCACUAUGCUUGCAUGGUUGAUCUUCUUGGGCGAGCUGGUCUUUUAGAGGAAGCAGUGGAAUUUAUCAGAGGCAUGCCUUUUGAACCAGAUUCAAAUGUCUGGGGUGCUUUACUUGGGGCAUGUCGCGUCCAUGGGAAAUUAGAGUUGGGUAGGUGGGCAGCAGAGCAUCUGUUCAAGCUGAAACCAGGGCAUUGUGGUUACUAUAUUUUGCUUUCAAAUAUGUAUGCUGAGGCUGGGAGGUGGGAUGAAGCAAAUGAAAUUAGGGAACUAAUGAAAUCAAGGAAAGAGAAGAAGGACCCAGGGCGCAGCUGGAUAGAGAUUGGUGACAGGCUGUGUGCUUUUAUAGCAGGAGAAAGGAUAGAGGGUCCCGAGGAAGAGCUAUGUUAUGCUGGACCUGGUUGAAGAUGUAAAGAAUGAAUUGUGCCUAUGGUUGAAUGCUUUGGCAAAUACCUAAUUUAAGGUUCUUUGUACCAUUGGGUGGCAUGGACAUUCGUAAUCCGAUGUCCUGCAGAUGGACAUUCCAGAUCGAAGAUGCAGGAAAGGUAUCUGAUCUGCACCCGUAAAUCUGAGUCAAGGCAGAUUCAAGUGUUCAUUUUAAAUUACCCAUAAUGAGUUUGCCACUUAGUUGCCUUUCAGUAAUUCCAAUUUCAACAUUAAAUUUAUUGUAAUCCUACGCUAUUUAAAAGUAACAUCUUUUAUUCUUUUCUGUUA